AUGAGGCGAUUGGUUGGUAAUGUAUGUGGUUCAUCCCGUGAAGAAUCGAUAAAACGAUUGAGAGAUGAUGUGUAUGAUAGACCUUCAUUUAAGCGGCCAUUUGGCUCCAACAGAGGAGAAUCCUACAGUCCAUCACAAGUUCCAGGAAGUGGUCAGGGUGGAGUUGGUGGUGGCAGCAGUGCUGGUGGAUCUAGUGCUAGUAAUUCAAAGCUGACAACUGGUGAUGCAUUGUCUUAUUUGAAGGAAGUCAUAGACAUGUUUCAAAGCCAAAGGGAUAAGUAUAACAUGUUCCUUGAUGUUAUGAAAGACUUUCAAGCUCAAAGAAUUGAUACUGUUGGUGUCAUAGCUAGAGUAAAAGACUUGUUUAAAGGGCAUCCUAGGUUGAUCCUUGGAUUCAACACCUUCUUGCCCAAGGGUUAUGAAAUAACCCUCAAUGAUGAAGAUGAGGCUCCUCCAAAGAAAGUUGAGUUUGAAGAAGCUAUUAGCUUUGUGAACAAAAUAAAGACCCGUUUCAAAAAUGAUGAUCACGUUUACAAAUUCUUUCUAGAUAUUUUGGACAUGUAUAGGAAGGAGCACAAGGGAAUAAGAUAUGAAUUACACUACUUUGACUUUCUAAUCAUUUUUGGUGAAAAAGAAAUAAGUGAUAUUGUACAAUAA